ACAAACCUUCCACUUAAAAACAACCCUAAGGCUGUGGGCAAAUCAUAUUGUUUAUUUGGUUGUGCUCCCACUCAGGGAGUGGUGGCAUUACUUACAGAGCUGCGGUCAGCAUUUCCAGUAGCUGUGUUGCUCAGAGCAGGCUCACAUUCAGGCUGAGUCUCAGGAGGGAUCCAGCUGUCCCCAAGGAAGGGGUUCACACAGGGGAGGGCUGAGCAGCAACUUGCAGCCAGUGUCCUUGUGUCCCUUUGACUUUGCUGUGGAGGUUUUUGGCUAUGCUGAGACAGCUGGAGGUGGUUGGAAAUUGUGUCCUGGUAACACCUCUGGGGUUUAGCCCAAGUGGAUGCUGUUGAGUCCAUCAGCUGAGCUUCCUUUGUGAGCCAAACCCUCAGAUCAGCUGAUGUAGCCUUGAUGUGGAGGAUCUCUUCUGUAUUCCUGUUGUUUGGAGUGGGGGCAGUACAAUGAGGCAGAGUGGUGUGCUAGUCAGGUGGGCGGCCCCAUUCAGCUGACACCUGCAGACAUGAACAAAAUCAGAAGGGGAGAGAAUCCAUGUGUUUCAGGACGGGUCUUUGUGAGCCUUUUCUGCCUGCUGUGUGGUUUAUUUCACCUUCUUUCUGUCCUUUCGGUAUUGCCAGGAGCAGGCAGCUACAUGCUGUUGUCCUGGGACAGCUGGGACUGCCGGGGGACCCCGGGAGGUUGUUCCCAGCCUUAGGCUCCUUCAUUUCUUACCAAGCCCAGUUGUGUGCAGCUCUGGGGGGCUGUGACCUCUUCUGGAGCUGUCUGUGCUGCGUUAUCAGGGCCAGCAGGAGCGCUGGGGGUCUCUAUAGAGGGAAGGGCUGAGGAGGCUGCUUCUCCUGUGGGGUUCUGUUACACUUUUCUCCCCACACUGUAGCACAUUGCCCAUCUGUCUCACAUCACCCAAGAAAGCCAGUUGCUCUCACCUGCCCAGCAGAACUUCUCCCUGGGCACUGUGCAGUUGACCCGAUGCCUCUUGCUCCCAUUCUGCCUCCCCCCGGUGUGCGUGCUUCAGGCUGCACGCUCCCGUAGCCCCCGUGUCGGCACGGCCAGAGGUGUCCCCACGAAGGAUGGGGACAGGAGCUGCAGUCUUUGCCCUCUGUGAUGCUGACGGCGGCGGGGCGGAUCUGGGGGCUGCGACCUGCGUGGAGACGUGCGGGGCUUUGCGGGGCGGGGCCGCUGCGCGGGGCGGACCCGCAUCGCAUCCUUCCUGCGCCCGACCACCUGAUCCGCUCCGCCCGCCGCAGCCGCCGCCUUUGUGUGUGCGGUGCGGCGGUGCGGGAUGGCGGCGGGAGGAGGGCGGCCGCCGGGCCCGGAUUCCUCCCUGGAGCCCUACGUGCAGACCCGCAUCUUCAAGAUCAUCGUCAUCGGGGACUCCAACGUGGGCAAGACGUGCCUGACCUUCCGCUUCUGCGGGGGCACCUUCCCCGAUAAGACCGAGGCCACCAUCGGCGUGGACUUCAGGGAGAAGACGGUGGAGAUCGAGGGGGAGCGCAUCAAGGUGCAGGUGUGGGACACGGCCGGGCAGGAGCGGUUCCGGAAGAGCAUGGUGGAGCACUACUACCGCAACGUGCACGCCGUGGUCUUCGUGUACGACGUCACCAAGAUGGCGUCCUUCACCAACCUCAAGAUGUGGAUCGAGGAGUGCAACGUUCACGCCGUGUCCCCCCUGGUCCCCAAAGUGCUGGUGGGGAACAAGUGUGACUUGAAGGACCUGAUCCAGGUGCCGUCCGGCAUGGCUCUCAAAUUCGCCGACGCUCACAACAUGCUGUUGUUCGAAACCUCGGCCAAGGACCCUAAAGAGAGCCAGAACGUGGAGUCCAUCUUCAUGUGCCUGGCCUGCCGGCUCAAGGCGCAGAAGUCGCUGCUCUAUCGCGACAUGGAGAAGCGGCCGGGCCGGGCGCAGAAGCUAGAGCCGUCACGUGACGCCCACGGUAAAAGCGCGUGUCCGUGCUGAGCGCCGACCAAUAAAGCUGUGCGGAGCCCUCGGA